GUCGUGUGAUGCCUAAGAAGUAGUUAACCCCAGGUAGUCGGCGUCAGUGACCUCAUCCAACGUCAGCAUGCCGACCAAGUCACUAGGAGACUUCGUUCAGUGUCCUGUGUGCAGAACAAGCCACGUCCCCACCAACGGAGCACUGAAGGAUGGCGUCUAUGCUUCCACCUGUGAAAACUGUGGCCACUUCUUCAAGUUCAAGGCCACAGGUCCUCUCAAGUCCUCGGUCACCUUCACCAUCAAUGGGACAUCCUUUACAGUUGGCAACCAGUAUGCCGCAGCUCUGUCCCUGAAUGAGUUCAUGAGGUCCCAGGGUGUGUCCUAUGGCACCAAGGUGAUGUGUAUGGAGGGAGGGUGUGGCGUGUGUCUCGUCACUACCACACUGUAUGAUCCCAUCACAAAGGCCGUGCAGACCUACACAGUCAACUCGUGUCUGGUUCCUCUCUACACCUGUGACGGCAUGCAAGUGACAACCAUAGAGGGUCUCGGCAACCCCAGGGACGGCCUACACCCGAUACAAGACCGUCUGGCACAGUACAAUGGCUCUCAGUGUGGCUUCUGUAGCCCCGCCCAGGUCAUGAAUAUGUAUGGGUUACUGAAGAGAACACCCAACCCCACCAUGCAGCAAGUAGAAAAUGCCUAUGACACGUCCAUCUGCCGAUGUACAGGCUACAGACCGAUCUUGGACGCCAUGAAGUCAUUCGCCUCUGAUGCUGCGCCAAAUCUGCCUGGAGGCACCAUUGACAUUGAGGAACUUGACAAGAAGAUAUGCAGCAAAACCGGGAAGACCUGCACAGGACGCUGUUCAUCUGAGAGACAGACUGACCCGGAGCACGUCCCCCUCCACAUUGUGCUGCAGGGGUCACAGUGGUACAAACCCACCACCAGACAGCAGCUAUACGCCCUCCUCGGCCAACACAAGGGGGACAACUACAGACUCGUGUUCGGAAAUUCAGGAUACGGGGUGUAUAAGGAGAUCGGCCCAUGGAUGUAUGAUGUCCUCAUUGACCUGCGUGGCAUCCAGGAGUUCUAUGACUUUUCAGUGGACUCCUCCAAGGUGACGUUUGGUCCUAGCAUCACCCUGACCAACUUGAUGGAGGUCUUCACGAAAAACAGCACUACCCCUGGCUUGUCAUACUUUCGGGACUUUGCCAACGGCGUGGCUGUCAUUGCUAACACCGGAGUCAGAAAUUUGGGCAGCUGGGCCGGUAACCUGAUGCUGAAGAACCUGCACACCGAGUUCCCGUCGGAUGUCUUCACCAUGUUCGAGACAGUCGGGGCAACUCUGUUCAUUGGAUCGAGUGAUGGUACGGAGAGAGCAUACAGUCUUAUGGACUUCCUGAGCCUAGACAUGAAGGGCAAGGUCAUCCUGUCUGUGAUACUUCCAACAUUCCCAUCCGGAGACGUGUAUGUCAAGACCUUCAAGGUUUCCCAAAGACAGCAGAAUGCCCACGCCUACGUGUCAGCAGGCUUCAGGAUGCAGCUGGACAGAAGUAACAAUUUCACGGUCAAAUCCAAACCAUCCCUGGUGUACGGUGGCAUCAACAAGACACUGGUUCACGCCAGCAACACAGAGGCGUUUCUACAGGGCAAACAGUUGGGGGACCCUCAAGUCCUCAAAGGUGCUUUUGCGACUCUGUCGGCCGAGCUGGUUCCCGACACCACCCCUGGCUUGUCCAGUACAACCUACAGGAAGAACCUGGCCGUCUCUCUCUUCUACAAGUACGUGCUCGCCAUGUGUGGUGAAAAAGCAGCGACGCGAUUCCGGAGUGGGGGUACCAACUUGAUACGUCCAGUUUCUUCCGGCAUUCAGACGUAUGCCAGUCGUAAAGAUGAAUACCCUUUGACUCAACCUAUGACAAAAAAAGAUGCAACACUACAGACAUCUGGAAGGGUUAGGUUCGUCAACGACGUCCCUCCAGUCCCGGAGGAGGUUUGCGCAUCCUUCGUGAUCAGCAGCGUCGGAAACGCCGAAAUUGACACCGUAGACACAUCUGCAGCCUUGAGUUAUCCUGGAGUUCUGAAGUACAUCUCUGCGGCAGACAUACCAAAAGGCGGCAGCAACAGUUACCAGGCACCAUCUGCCGAUGUCGAGGAGUUGUUCUGCAGUGGGAAGGUCCUCUAUAGUGGGCAACCAAUUGGUAUCAUCGUUGCAGUGGACAAACUAUCAGCGGACACAGCAGCCAGCAUGGUGAAAGUUACCUACAAGAACGUCCAGCCUCCCAUCAUUACAAUGGAAGAUGCCAUUCAGAAGAAUUCCGUAUUUCCAAAUGUUGCCAAGGAGUUCAAAGUAGGCGAUGCUGCAGCUGCAAUUGCUUCCUCAGACAAAAAGGUUUCCGGUCGAAUUAAACUAGGACAUCAGUAUCAUUUCCAUCUGGAGACACAGGUGAGCAUAUGCUAUCCAGACGAGGAUGGGGUUGGCGUGAGUCUUCUCUCGGCAACACAGUGGGCAGAUAAUGAACAACUGGUCGUAUCAAAAGUUCUCAACAUCCCAGAAAGCAGUGUCAACGUGACCGUAAAACGCCUCGGAGGAUCGUAUGGUGCCAAAAUAUCACGUGGCUUUCUACCAGCAUGUGCUGCCGCUCUCGCCACACACGUCAUGAGGAGACCUGUCCGCCUGGCGAUGAACUUCCACACCAACAUGAAGUCAAUCGGGAAACGCUACCCUUUUAUGGCGGAUUACACGGUCGGGGUGACCAAUGAUGGGAAGCUGAAUGGAGUUCAGAUGACGGUUUACGCCGACUGCGGCUCGUCACCCAAUGACUGCGCAAUGGGCAGUUUCCCACCAUGGAUGGAUAGCGCAUACAACUGUCCAGCUUGGGAUUUCAAACCUGUUGCUCUGAAGACUAAUCUCCCAACCAACACUGCCUGUCGAUCUCCAGGGUCGAGUCCUGCCAUCUUCAUCACGGAGUCAAUUCUGGACCACGCAGCCAAAAUCCUGAACAAAGACCCAUUGGAGUUCAGGAAACUAAACCUCUAUGAAAACGGCCAGACAACUGCCCAUGGAAUGCUUCUGAAAUACUGCACGAUCAAAAAUAUGGUGGCCCAACUGGAGACGUCAGCCGAUGUCCAGGCCAGGAAACAACAAGUUGCAGCUUUCAACCAGGCCAACAGAUGGAAGAAGAAGGGUAUUUCGGUGAUGCCUCUGCGCUUCGAGUUGAACUUCACACACGCCAAAUAUAAUGUUUAUAUGACUAUAUACAAUGGCGAUGGAUCCGUCGCCAUAUCGAUCGGCGGUAUCGAGAAUGGCCAAGGAAUCAACACAAAGAUGAUGCAAGUCUGUGCCUUUGAGCUUGGCAUCCCCAUGGAUACGAUCAAGGUGAAAGCAACUUCAUCCCUGGCCAACUCUAACUCCAUUACAUCCGGUGGCAGCAUCACCAGCGACGUGAACGCAUUGGGAGUCAUGCAGUGCUGUCAACUAUUAAAGACACGGAUGGCUCCGGUCAAAGCCAAGAUGACCAAGCCUACCUGGCAGAAGCUGGUUGCUAAGUGCUUCAGCGAAGGGGUGGACUUGUCAGCCAGUUGCUCCACGUACCCCUCUGGGGACUUCUCUGACUACAACAUCUACGGUGUAACGUGCACAGAGGUCGAGGUAGACGUUCUGACCGGGGAGAACCAGAUCAACAGGGUGGACAUCCUGUAUGACUGUGGAGAGAGCAUGAAUCCUGAGAUUGACAUGGGACAAGCUGAGGGUGGGUUUGUGAUGGGUCUUGGCUACUGGAUGACCGAACAGAUGAUCUUUGACCCCAAGACUGGCACCGCCCUGACUGAUGGCACAUGGGAAUACCUGCCCCCACUAGGAAAGGACAUUCCUAUCGACUUCCGUAUUCAGUUCCUGAAGAAUGCCCCCAACCCACGCGGUGUCCUGAGAGCAAAAGCUGUAGGCGAGCCGCCCCUGGUCAUGGCUACAUCAGCGUUGUUGGCUGUGAAACACGCCAUCGAGGCUGCCAGAAAGGAAAUAUCAAAGGACACAUUCUUCCCUCUGGAUGGUCCAGCAACGGUGGAGGCUAUUCAGACGGCAUGUCUAGUCGACACCAGCCAGUUUGUGUACGGGACAUAUUAGUACAUGUAGAUCAGCAAACCACAAGGCCUUAUUCACCCGAUGUUAGAGGCGCUCAACGUUGUGAGAAUCCAAGAUGAGGGCUAUGUCAACCUGAUACCGAACACACGUGUUGCCCGACCAACCGCGAUGUAUAUCAUUCGACUUAAGCAACACACAUCAACCAACAAAAGGAUACAGAUCAGCCAUGUCAACUUGUUUCAAAUAAUAUUUCAUCUUUAAUAUGCUUCAGAAUGACAUAAAAACGUUAAUUCAAUCCGGGGUAUAGAAUAGGUCUUCAGCAACCCAUGCUUGCCGUAAUAGGCGACUAUGCUUGUCGUAAAAGGCGACUAACGGGAUCGGGUGGUCAGGCUCUCUGACUUGGUUGAUGCAUGUCAUCGAUCCACG